AUGGCAGGACAAUCUGAGAAAAAGCGACUAAAAAAAGCGAGCGCAUUCAUCGUUUAUGCCUCCCCCUUUUUUACCAUUUUUUCGUUGAUUUAUAUUAUAUUCGCAUAUUAUUUCAGAUAUAACUUAAUUACAAGAAAUAUUUUCCUUUUGCACUGUCUCCUUUUUUUUUGCUACUACUACUCAAUAAAGAAUAUACACUAUGGGUUAACCAACGGACUAAAUUUUACGUACUACACAGACGUUCUGAUUUUGUCCUUCGUGAUCAACUUGGGCCUGUUUUACUCCUUUAAAUUUUUUUACAUCUAUAUCGUUAUACCCAUAUAUGCAAUAUUCAAAACGCUCAAUUUUAUUUUCACGAAUUUUUUGAGUUCACCGUUGGGUGCUGUCGAUUCAACAGGGAAGGAAGAUAAAGCGGAGAAAAAAAAAAACAAAGUUGUGUAUAAGAAGGUUUAUUAA